UCCAUACUCAGAGAGAGAGAGAGAGAGAGAGAGAGAGAGAGAGAUUUUGAUUGAUUGAUUGUGAUAAUAAAUAGAGAGAGAAAGGAGCAAGGGAGGAAUGCAGUAGCAGAGAUUUAGAAAAACCCAAACUUUCCGAAAGCUGCUACACAGACUGAGCAUACCGGGGAGAGAGAGAGAAGCUGAGAUUUAGGAGCCGGCCGGACCCAAUAAAGAAAAGCCUUUCCAAACCCUUUUUCGGCAGUGUCGAAGAGUUAAAUGGGGAGAGGAAAGAUUGAAAUCAAGAGGAUUGAGAACACCACAAACCGUCAGGUCACCUUCUGUAAGAGGAGAAAUGGACUGCUCAAGAAAGCUUACGAGUUAUCGGUCCUCUGUGAUGCUGAAGUAGCCCUAAUCGUCUUCUCAAGCCGCGGUCGCCUCUAUGAAUACUCUAAUAACAGCAUAAGAUCAAUAAUAGACAGGUACAAGAAGGUCUCUGUAGAUAAUUCAAACACGACCUCCAUUGCAGAGGCAAAUGCUCAAUACUAUCAACAAGAAGCUACAAAGCUGCGUCAACAAAUACAGAUCUUGACAAACGCAAACAGACACUUGAUGGGUGAUUCCCUCAGUUCUCUCACUGUCAAGGAGCUCAAACAGCUGGAGAACCGACUUGAACGAGGCAUCACGCGCAUCAGAUCGAAGAAGCAUGAGCUACUGUUUGCCGAAAUUGAAUACAUGCAGAAAAGGGAAAUGGAACUUCAGAACGACAAUAUGUAUCUGCGAGCUAAGAUAGCUGAUAACGAGCGUGCACAGCAAGCAAAUAUGGUGACAGGGCAAGAAUUCGAGCCAAUCCAGUCAUAUGAUUCCCGGAACUACUAUCAAGUGAAUAUGUUGGAGGGAGGACCUGCCUAUUCUCACCCUGAUCAGAGUCAGACAGCUCUCCAUCUGGGGUAGUUGGGUGAAGUAACAUGUAUACCGAUGGAUCAUCUAUGUUGCAACUGAACGUGAAGAUCUCUUCUAGUUAUUCAAUUGUUCACUCUGGCAGUUUACCCAAGAACAUAUUUAAGUCAUAAGUAUUAGUAGCAAGAAGUAUUCACUUUAAAAUUCCUAAUAUGGAUUUAGUACCCUUCUAUAUAUUACUAAGAUGCAAGUCCUUUCCUAAUAUUAUGCUAAUAUGUGUGCAGUUUUAUCUUUUUAACAUAUUUCAUUGGAUUAAGUUUGCUUCAACUUAUGGAGAAUUAAGAAAUCCCUUCACCACUCGCAA